AAGAUUGGCGAUCCGUUGGAUACCGACCGAGUUAUAGGCAAAAGUUGGUGCAAAAAUGAGAAAAUUUUUACAUUUUCUCAAACAGGGUAAGGAACUUGGUUCCCUGAAUAACUUCUGGCACAGACAUCUGAGGGCAUGGCCGUCCAAGAAGAAAAUGUAGCCAGUGAUGCCAUCUAUCGACCACAAGUUAAAGAUUGGCGAUCCGUUGGAUACCGACCGAGUUAUAGGCAAAAGUUGGUGCAAAAAUGAAAAAAAUUUUACAUUUUCUCAAACAGGAUAAGGAAUUUGGUUCCCUGAAUAACUUCUGGCACAGACAUCUGAGGGCAUGGCCGUCCAAGAAGAAAUUGUAGCCAUUGAUGCCAUCUAUCGACCACAGGUUAAAGAUUGGCGAUCCGUUGGAUACCGACCGAGUUAUAAGCAAAAGUUGGUGCAAAAAUGAGAAAAAUUUUACAUUUUCUCAAACAGGGUAAGGAACUUGGUUCCUCGAAUAACUUCUGGCACAGGCAUCUGAGGGCAUGGUGAAAAAUAGUAUUUACAUUCACAAUAAUUAUCUACAACACGUACGUACUUUGAAAAAUAAAAAGUCGCUCGAUUAUUUUAAACUUUACAAUAUUUAAGCACACUCAACCGAUCUAAUUUUUCAAUUUGUAAUUGUUCGUCUUGUUAUUGCCAGCAAAAUCGAGCUAGUCUAGCUGUAUGGCGUCAAGUCGCUUUUCGAAUAGCGUUUUUUUGAUGAAAAUACACGUAUUUUUGGAAAUUUUUCUGAACCGCGUUCGCAAACACAAUGGCCAGGCGUUUAGUGACGGGGUGAGGUAUUGCGCCCCAGUAUACCUUAUGUGAUGGUGUUUGUUUAUGUUUGGACAUUGAUCAGCUGUCAUUAAAUACAUGUCAGUGGUUGUGUUCUGCCGGGUGCGAAAACAGCAACCUAUUAAUUAGAUUAACUGUGCUCGGAACAACCACACAGUUUGAGGAAAAACAAAGCAUCUACUGAAAAUUCUUUACUGCACGGAAUGACAGAUAGCAAACGUCAAACCGCACCAUAGAAACGGAAUCUUUACACCAUCGCAAAACCCGGAACGUAUCAGUAGUGUGGAGUGUGUUGUUAAAAUUGUUUAUCAUAAUUUGCCUUUCGGUAUAAACUUAAGAAUUAAAUGAGUGUACACAUAUUCCCGUCAGCGCUUAACAAGGGUACACACGAGCUGUGGAAAUGGUGUUGCUUCAGCUACGUUCCUUUCGCUCCUGGCUGGUGUCUAGCGACCGCAGCCCGCGCGACACAUUGAAUAGCAUCUUCUGGUUAAGCUGUGCUUUGGGAAUCAUUUUCCUACAGUUCCGGCGGCUGGUUGAGAGACUGUUGCGUUUGGGGCGUGUGAAAAGCCGUCAACAUGGACCGAUCGUGCAGCACCUGUGGAACAUUUGCUUUUACACGAGCGCUACCAUUUUUCUGCUGCUCUACCAAAUGCUGUUGAUCCGACCGGAGGUGGUACGGGAGAGUGGCAAAUACUUUCCGCAGUACAACAAUGCCAUCUUUGCCAGCGCCUGCGAUCCGGCCAAGUUUGAAAUCAUCACGGUCGUGCUCGUAUCGUUCCGGGUGCUCGGUACCGUUUCGAAGCUGUCCAGCGCUGACUACUCGGUAGCGUUCUCUAGCGCCCUGUGCUCAUCAUUGCUGUUGUGUUGCUUCGUGCUACGACUAGAAAACUACAGCAUCCUGCUCAACCUAUAUUUGGCGAUCUACAACACGUUUGAGGAAACGUUUCAACUGUACGCUUCUCAAACGGACCAAAAGCACAACGUCAAGCUGACAAUUCUCGUCCUGCUCAUGUGUGGCACCUGGAUUUAUUUAUUUUUGAACCUUUUACCUUUCGAGUUCCUGAUACCGACUCUCUAUGCUCGCCGUGAGUUGUUUCCCCUCAAGCUGUGCUUUUGGCUAUGGUACUGCUCGUGCGUUUGGAACUCGCCGCUGCUGAAGCUUCUCUACCAUAAAAUCUACCAUCCACACCCGAACGACUGUGCUGGAGGUGGUUCGGCCGUACGAUGUAUUCUAUCAAACGACUGGCAAAGUUUUCGACAUUUCCGUAACCUGGAACAUGCCUACCUCGACCUGAUGCUGCAUCAAAGCCGUGCAAACACACACUGUGCACCAACGAAUGAAAAAGCCACAUUGACCGCCUUCCAGACGAUUAAAUGUGUUGUUUCCUUAAAGCGAAAGCUGAAACGUUUGCGUGAGAACAAGGAGCAGUUGGACAAGUAUAAAUAAUGGUUAACACCUGAACGCAGGAUCUAAAUUAAUCAAUCAACAUGUGAUCUCGACUGGAUGAAACUAUGACUUUCUUUCUCUCUCUCUCUCUCUAUCUCUGUUUCUUUCUGUUUCUAUCCGUCUCCACUAAUUCCUCUAUCCUUAUCCGUAUCUAUCCACUAAACCAAUGGUCUCCAACCUGUGGUCCGCGGACCAGUUGUGAUCCGUCGCAUAAAUAAAAAUGGUUCGCGGAAGAAGUUUUCUAGUCGUUGAACCGAUUUGUUAAUGUUUUCUUAUAAAAAAAACACAUCUUCUUGAAAGCGGCAUACAUUACGAGUCACUUCAUACACGGCACGUGUGGUUCAACAUGAUCUUGAACGGAAUUUGGUCCGCGGCACUAAAAAGGUUGGAGAGCACUGCACUAAAACCACAAUAUCCAUUCCUUGUUGCGCGCACAAGCAAAUAAUCAUCGAAUAACGCGAAUAACGAAGGUAUAGAAACGACGCGAAGCAUCAUUAAUUGAUAGUUACUAGCAAACGGAGGAAGGAAGCGAGAAUACGUAGGUUACGAAAACACAUUUUCUAAGAGAAUAGAGAACAUCACUAGCUGUACAAAGUUCACGUACACUGCGCCACAGCGAUGGUGGCGUAUUAACUUAUAGGUUUGAAUAUAAGAAACGGUUUGCAUCAAA